AGAAGGUCAAAAAUGGGAUGUAAUGACUUCCUGAUGGGUGGGCAGAGCACCCUGCCAUUGGCCCUACCUGUUUGCGUGAGCCGGAUAGAUCCGGCUGGAUUUCACCGCUGAUAUGAUUCCCAUGAUACAGUAAUAUCUUCUUUAGAAAACAGGCCAUUUUUUUUUUACUUUUUCAGUGCUACAGUUCCCUGCUUCUUUUCUGACAACAUAUUAAGUUGAAAUUCAUUUUGAAAUCAUCUUUUCACACCAGGGUGUUGUUAAAAUGUGGAAACCAUUGCUUUUGAACUAUAUUAGGAUCACAAGCUACAUUAGAGUUCUUAAGUGCUGUAUUUGUUCCAUAAUCAGUAUGGCAGGGUAUUGGAAUGGAAAACAUGUAUUCUUAGCCUAAAAUUAUACUGCCUGUAUUGUGGAUGCAAUUGCUUUUAAGCUGAAAUGUUUAAGAUAAUACAUAAUGGAGAAACUGUAAUUGAAAAUAGUCUUACAAAAAGAAUAAAACUGAUCUGAUAAGUAAUAAAAUCAAAUUCAGAACCAAUACCCAGCUGUUUCUUAACAUAGAACAUACCCUAUAAACACUGAUUAGCCUUACCAAUGCCCCCCAAAAUAAAAUGGACAUUUUAAAAGAAUAAUAAAAUCCAUAGAAACAUUUGGAUCCCUAAACUCUAUAUUCACUUAGUUGUCCCAAAACCAUCUAAUCAUUUCCUGUAUUAGACUAAUAUUAGCAAAUGUUUUUUUCCGUCUUUCCUCCAUUUCCAAAUUGUGUUUCAUUUGAUUUUCUUUUUCUUUUUAGCACACUUUAGGUUAUGUAAGUUUUAAUAAGCAGCUUUGGUGCUCCUCAAGGCACACCCCACACACUUAUGCUGCGUGACCUUAGGUCACAAGUAAUGGUUGCAAGCUAAUUGAUUGAGAAAGGUUUGUCUGACUGGGCCUCUUUCGAGUCCUCCCUUUACAUUCCUAAAUUCUAUGAAGGAGCAGUGGCUGCUUAGCUUAGUUGGGAAGGGGGGAGGAGAGAGGAACAGAGGAAGCUCUCCAAGUUCUGAUUAUGCGCAGUUUCCUUUCUGAACUGAAUCCUCUCUCCACCCACCACUAACUAAACUUUUAAACCAGGAGGAGGCGAACAGCUUAAAGCUUUUCUCAGUGCAACGGAAAAGUGAAUCCAGGGUGCGGUGAGUUGCCAAGAGCCAGCUGCUGUUCUAGACAAUUACAGGAGUUUUGUGGAUAUGCUACUCAGAGUUCACCAAAAUGGACUAUUGCUCAGUGCAGAAACUUGUUUUCAGGCUGACAGGCAAAUAAGCCGUAUCACAUAAAGGGCCUCUAUGUGGCAUCUCUGAGCUGUAAGCUCCGGACAGCCUUGGGGGAAAAAAGUGCAGUGGAGCAAGACAAAAAUUACCACAAACUUCAGGCAACUGUUGCUUUCUUUCUGAUGUCUGCAGUUGCUCGGCUGGUGGUGUGGCACAGACAGAGCAAGGGUUACUUCAAGGCUAUUCUCUGGACCGUCCAAACAGUCUAGACCGAUGACCUGCAGCAUCAUAGCCUUUGAAAAAAGAGACAAGUUCGUUCAUGAUGAAGAAAAAUCAAGCCAACCCCCUUUUAACAAUAAGGAGCAGCUCGGGGCUGCAAAGAGAUAUCAAGCCCCUCAGACUGGCAAGUGUCAACUGCAUUCAUUGGAUGAGUUUCUGUCUCCUAAAAAGACAAGUGUUAUGAAAAAUAAAUGGAAAAAACAGAUGAAGAAUUUGAUCAUAUAAGAACUAAAUAAGGAGCUGAAUGGGAGUAACCUACCCUUCCUUGUCCUCUACUUACGGAAGUUGAAAGUCUGCAAAGAGACAGAAAAUGAAGAGAAGUUGUUGCCAAAUCUUCUGCCUCACUGAGAAAUAUAAUCAAAGAAUACGUGGAUUCUGAAGAAAAACCUUUAUAUUUACCUCAGUAAAGUUUUAUUCAGCAGAUAUAAGAAACUCCAAACAUCACUUUAAAACAAUUCUCUUUCAGGAAUAUGCAACAAAUAUUCCAACUUUAUAGGCAAGUGUGUGUGUGUGUGUGUGUGUGUGUGUGUGUGUGUGUGUAUUCUUUUUAUAUUAUGUUAAUGAUCUAUCUAUAUGAUUGUUUAAAGUACAGUGUCUUUCUAGCAUCAAACCAAAUUAAUGAUUGAAACUAGUAUUCAAUAUGCAUAGUCACAUUUGUUUCCUUUUGUAUAAUUAUUUUUAAAUGCUUACAUUUUGUCUGGAUUAUUUCUAUUGUCAUCACUACACUCUUCGUUCUUUGGCAGUAGUUCACUGCUAACAAAAAGUGUUGACACUGCUUGGUUCUGGAACAUUUAGGAUUCAGAAAUCAUAAACUAUAUAUUGUGUUGCUUAAGAAUAUUGUAUAUUUUUUAAAAGAAGUUGAAGUGCUUCAUGUGAAGUGAUAUUAUUUUUUGACAAAUAAAUGAAAAUAUUUUCCACAAAACUGAAUUCAAAUUAGAAAAGAUAAUAUGCGAAAUAUCCUAUUCUACAGAUUUAUUUCUUCUAUCCAUUGUGCAAGGAAACAUGGGGUUUGUUUAUUUCUGUAACCGAUAUGCUAGAUAAAAUGGAAUUGCUUUUACUUAUUAUGCUACUGCAUACAUAUUAUUAUUACAUAUGUUGCUGUGUGUACAAAAAAAAAAACAAAAACAAAAAACAAGUGGCAGAGGAUGAAUUAUUUUGUAUACUGUUAGAACAAAGCCAUAGCUGAUUCCAAGGCUUUAUCCAAGAGAAGAUCCUUUGUUUUUGUAUUCUUCUAAAAAAAUGCUACAGUUCAUGUUAAUUAAACAUUAUUAUUUCAGCUACCUUUCCUAUUCCAGCCAUAACAAUACACACCCAUUUGCACACCCUUUCCCAUAUAUCUAUAUACAUCCAUUCAUUUGUCUUCCUAUCUCCCUACCCACCUAUGGAAAACACAUUUAAAGAAUGUACAAUUAUGCAUAAGAAGAAAGCAUAUAAUUCAUUUUUCAUUGUUUAAAGAGAACAAUAUUGAAAAGCUCCUGUCCACUAUUUAAUCACUUCCUAAAGUAAUGUGACCGAGCAUUUAGAAUGUCUAAAAGUUAAAGUUGGGAAAAAAAGGACUUUGGAAGAACAUUAAAUCUGGUUGUAUGACAAUGGCCCUUGAGCUGAUUAUGACAUCUAAAUUACUGAUUUUUAUCUACUUGGAAUUUUCCAUUGCCCCAAAAUGUAGCUUUGGUACAUGGAAGUACUACAUAAAAGAUUAUAAAAGAACGUUCAAACAAAUAUAUUUAUGUUUCAUCUUUUUCUAAAUUAUGUUCUUGUUAAAGUGUUCCUAUUCAAUAAGAUUACAAGGAAUCAAAAUUUACGAAUGAAAGAUAAUAUAUAUUGAAAACAAGUAAGUCAGAAAGAAAAGGAGAGGAACAAUAUUUAGUCUGUGUGUGCAUCUGUUGUUUCUGAAUUGCAAAGCUGCAUUGACUGUUUUGGAAGAAAAAGUUUUUUAAAAAACCCUAAGGUAUCUGAUAGAUUAUUUGCAAAAGACACAUGCUCAGCUGGCAAUUUCCAAGACUGCUACAUAGUUGUAUUAUUCAGGGUAAUGCAGAUACAGGAAAAAAGAAAAGAAAAGCAACUAAGAUAAAAAUGGUAACAGAAAAUAAGUGAGGCAGAGCCAAAGAGAUUUAAAGCUAUAUUCCAUGUUUGCUUAUUUGACGAAUGCACAUAUUUUCAAGACCCUUAUUCCCUAGUUUUCAGCUCAUUUGUUUUUCAGUACUUGCAUAGGAUUUCAAGGCAAAAAGUAGCACUGUAAUAUAUAGACAAAGUUGUUAGCAAUAAGCAAUUUAAGUCAUGCUGUAGACAUAUUUUGAAUGGAUUUUUUUUCAAGUAAAGAAGUAUAUAACACUGAAUGCUACAAUGCUCCCAUAAUUUGUAUUAAUUAGAAUCAAGUCUGACUUCAAUUUAACCUUUCUGCAUUGAUUUAUUUCAUUCCUUUCAUAUUUUUUUCUUUUCCUUUUGCAAUGUUCCUUCUUGCUUUAUGAGGUUGUUUUUUUUUUUAAAUUACUCUUGUUCCAGUUCAGGAAUGUGCAUGUAAUUCUUUUUUUCUGUUGUAGAUGCACCAUCAUUCUGUUAUAACUGUUUGCAAUAUUUUCAUUUUCACUUUGUGGCAAGAGAUAUACUUUACGUUGCUUCCCACCCACUCUCUUUGCCAGUUAUUUUUCUUUAUUGCUGCAGCAUUGUCGCACUGAACGAUGAGAUCUGUUUGUGUACCAAAAGGUUAGAGUGAACUGAUAGUUUAGUCAUGGUAAAGUAACAGUAUUACACUCUAUCCCAUGGAUUACAAAGCCUCAAAUCCCUGUGCAAGGUGCUCCUUCUGCAUUGAAAUCAAUGUGUCACGCGGUAACAAUUAAAGAGGCUAAUUAUUCAGCCUCCAUCAGUUUAUUCUUUAAAGAGAAACAAAUAUCUAUUUUUAGAACUGUUUUAGCACGUAUUAUUAUCACAUUUCAAUUAGCAAAGCUUUUGCUGAGUUUAACUGAGAUGAUGCAUAUUUUAUUUAUACCAAAUGACUCAGUAUUUUCAUAAAUGGAAUCAUGCUGAAGACAUCUACACAAUUCGAAAACACUACACACCAAUAUACUGUUAUGGUAUAAUAUAUUUUCUCCUAGUUGUUCUGUGUAACACACCCACACCCACACCCACCUCUCACAUAAAAACUGCACCCACAGGAACAGAGAGCAACGGACUUCUUCAGGCUCAAAGGAAUUACACACUUCGUUUUAGUAAGGUUCGAACUGCUGUUAAAUAUUUCAAACUUAUCAAAAGAAAAAAGAAAAAAACACAACCCCCAAGAUCCUCUUUAGUGCUUUUUUAAAAAGUCCCGAUUCUAUUUCUUAUUAACUUGGUUUAAAAUACCAGAAUAAAAAUGUUGCAAGCUAAUCGCUUGGGAGAAGCCUCGUGUAACUGAGGAAUCCUUUCCAUUGAUGGAUGCUGCGGCAGAGGGAAGAGAGGAAAAGCUGAAGAAGGCGCAGGAUAACUUCUAAGUCUGUUUUAAGCCUUGCUGGCAUUAUUUCUCCCCACAUCACGUGUGUAUGUGUGUGUGUGUGAGAGAGAGAGAGAGAGAGAGAGAGAGAGCCAGAGAGCCGAGUUUGCCCGCUGCUCCCGAGGCAGAAAAUCGAGGAGGACCAUCAAUGCAAGAGCCUAUUUUCAAACUGCAUUUGGAAAGCUGUCUUAUUAUUGAUUAGGGGGAGAAAAAGGGGGUGGGAAUAGAACUGCGAAGAGAUGGGAGGACCGUCAGGCAACUGGCUCAUUGCAGCUCAAGACGUUUUCUUCCGGAAAGAUGUCCAACGACUGAGAUACUGCGACAGAGGAAGUAAAAAGAUGGAAAACUAAGAAGAGGGAAGGAGCCUUCGGAAGGAAUGAAGGCUUGGGGUAUCCUUGAGCUACUUCUCCUCCCCCCUCUUUUUUUUUUUUUUAAUUCUUCCUCCUCUUCUUGCAAGGACCAGAGGAUUGGCGUCAGACAAAUCCUGCGGUCCAGCAGGUCUGCCGGAGGGUGGAUGCUUGGAGACCACGCGCCGGAAUGUCACUAUUCACCAGGAGCGCAGUGCAAAUGCCAGCUGAAUGCCGUUUCCCCCUCCACCCCUCCGCCCGCCCCGCGUGCAACCUCUCUGACUUAUCUGCAUCUUGAAACAAGGCUAAAUGAGUUACAUACACCAGACUCUACUUAAGUGGCCAGCACCUUUGUGGCUUCUCUUUGGUUUUUAUUUCAUCUGCCGAACAUCAUGGAUCUGUUCCUAAAGUACACAUACUCUUUUUCAUUCUUCAGAUGAGAUUAAGAUGCUGAUGGCAAGGGCGAAUCUUUUCAGUGCUCUGAUUCUGUCAUUAAAAGUCUUGGACUUGGACAAAAAAAAAAGAGAUGGGAAGCAAGGGAGUAUUUUUUUAUUUUUAUUUUGCAUGAAGAUUUUUUUUUUAAAGAUCAGAUGUUAUUCAAGUGAUCUGGCACAAAGAAUAACAAGUUGUUGAAAGUCACUAUGAAUUUAGGGGAUGAAAAAUACUCGGGUGGAUGACUUUUUUUAUACUAGUUUUAAAAAAUCUAUUAUAAAAUAAUCUGAGAUAAUUGAUUCAGUGCGAGAAGGUGGGAGUUAAAUAUAUUCCAGACACAUUCUUCUUACAGAAUGCCUUUUAAGAUCAGAAUACGUAUAUUCAGGGCCCACUAUAGAAAUGCUACUAGAGAAAUAAGGCUGAACCAUGGAUGCUUUGUUUAAGCUAUGGAAGAAAAGGAAGCAGAUUCUAACCUGUAUUUAUUUCUUUUUGACUUCUUUGGAAUAUACACAUUUGAAAGCCUUAUGCCUUAAAAAUAUAAUAUCUGUUGCCUCUAUGCAAUAGACAUAUAUUAUUUCCAAAAUAAUUGAAAGUGUAUUUUGACAAUAUUAAAACUACUUGUUAUAUCUUCCAAAUCUACUGAAAUAAAAUCACUACAAAACCCAUUCUGAUUAACUGAAGAAGAAUUCGACUGGAUCUUAUCGGACUUUUCCUAGUCCCUGAGACCCUAACUUGUGAGGUUUUUUAGUAACAAUCACAAGUCAGGCUCUUGGGACCUAGGCGGAGAGGAACCAGCAGCUUUGGACUUUAUUGAUUAAUUUUAUCUGCAUUGCUUUUUGUUUUGUUUUUUUGGCCAAAGAGGAAGUUUUAUGAAAAGGAUGAACAUUUUGACUUACAAAGAAAACAGCAGUAUGCAUAGAUAUGAUAGCAUUGUGCUGCAUAGAUAUAUAUUUUUAUUUAUUGUACUAAAAUGAGUGGAAUAUUUAGCAGUCUGAAUUAGAAAUUUAUGCUAUUUCAUAGUUUGUAUUUUAAUAGUGCUAAGAAUAACCAGUAUUUUUAAUUUAUUUGUUAAUAUACAGCUUUAUUUAUAGGUUUUUUUCCUCAGCUUCCUAUGUUCUACUUUUUUUUCCCAACUACUGCUGUGAAAAAUCCUAAAUUUGAAGGCUGAAACAAAGAGUUGUUUACACAAUGAAAAUGUUCCAAGAAUAUUUUUGAUUACAGUUGAUCUUUUUUCUUCUUUUAUUGUCCUUAUCCUGCAGAGUGAUUCAGUAUAUCGUUAUACUUCCUUCCAACCAUAAUUACACAGUAUACAGGGUAUUUAUAUUAAAGAUAUCUGAUGUAGAAUUUGAAAAAUUGGAAGAGGCCAUUUAGGCCUUAGAAGUCGACCUCGUGGCAUACAAAAAUCUAAAUGUAUUAUGCAAUAUUCAUCCUCUGCUUGGACAAGUCCAGUGCAGAGAGCCAAUCACAGGUCGGGCAAUUGCUUCCACUACUCUAACUGUUAGGACAUGUUUAGCAGAAAUCUGCCUCCCUGGAACAUAUAUUAUUUUGUGUUCUGCCUUCUGGUAUGAUACAACAAGUCUUGGCAUCAUCUGUGAUACCCUCAAAGGUACUUGUUUUAUGAUUCUUAGAGGAAGAACUUAUCAAAUAUCACUCUGUUAUGUUCAGCACAUUUUUCUAACCUAUUAAGAUUGUUUUGAAUUUUGUUUUUGUCUUCUAGGAUAUUAGCUAUUACAUCUAAUUUUGUGCCAAUUGCAAAAUUUGAUUUAAAAAUCUCUUAUGUCUUACUUAAUUAAGUAAUUAAUUUAAAAAGGGGUGUAGUGUGAACCUUGUGGCACCUCAGUUGAUACCUCUCUCCUGUUUGAUGAGGAGCUAUUAAUGAGUAAUCUUUGGCUAUGAUUUUUCAGCCAGCUAUGAAUCUACUGAUUCAUAAUGCAGCUAAUUUAACCCAAACUAAAGUAUUCAAUUAAAUUGUUCUAGAUCUAUAUAGAAGACAAAACCAUUUUAUCACAAGAUAUGACUAGUUUUCAUAUUUAUACUGAACUUAAUAUCAGGUAAUAUUUUUCGAAUGGAUGCCAAUUUUAGCAUUCAGCAAAAUAAACAGAAGUGUAAGAAUUAUUUGUCACUUUUAUCCUCAUGUCUUUAUCACAAUCCACUUGAUUUCACAAACAGUUUUCAUAAUUUUAUUUAAGCAAUUUGAAGUUGCCCUGUAAAUGCUUUUGCUUAAACAUUGUUUCAUUUCUGGAGAGAGAGGGACUACAAGAUGAACAUAAUUGACUAUAGCUAACGGAAACUUCCUACUGUGAAAAUGAAUUAUCCUAACAAUAUGGUCUAUUAUAAGCCAAACAGAACAACUAUGUGAACAGUAAAACAAUGUAAAAAAACAUUUAGCACUUCAGCAUAAGUGACUAUAAGAGUGGCAAAGGAGACUAAUGAGAAAAAUCACACAAUGUGACUUUCAUUCUUGGGUCCAAAGUUGAGACACAAAUACAAAAGACCAGAGUUUACAUCAUGACAAUGCAAUUCACACAGUGCAAUUAUUGCAACCUUGCAAUUUGUACUGGAUGCUUAUACUGUUAGCUUCAUAUUACAUAACUGAUCUUUCACUACUUCCUACAUAAUCCUUUCAAUUGGAAAUGUCAGGGACUAAUCUAAGAUUCUAUGAAGUGUUCCUGAGCUAUAAGUAGAACUUUAUUUCAUUUUGAAAGUUAGAUUAGUAUAGAUUUAUAAUAGUAUCUGUUUCAAUAACAUGGUUUCCAGUAUCAGGGCCUGCAGAAUUACUGUCACAUGGUAAUUUUCUCAAGCAUCUAACAAAACAGAGCCACCUUAUUCUGUAUUAGCUUCAACCCCAUGUAGAAUGUACUGCAGUAGUCCAGAUGCAUAGCAGUGGGGGAGUGAAUCACCAUAGCACUCUCUGUCCAAGUAGAAACACAACUAGCAAACUAGGCAGAAUGGGACAAAGGCUAUCUUGGCCAUGAAUUCCAUCUGCCUGUUCAGUAGUAGAGCACUGAUUUGUGGACCUGCUCGCUCAGGCAAUGUUCUCUGAAGCCAUUAGCCACAAAAGACAAAGAACAGCUUCAUCUUGGUGGCAUCCAACUUUAGCCUGUUUUCUGCUUUCUAGAUUAACAGUUUUCAGACACCAAAACAAGAUUUUUCCCAGCAUCUCCAUCACACUGGAUGACAAUGUAUGAUUGCAUAUCACUCAUACACUCAUAAUACUGCAUUACAAAUACUUUACAUAAAUAAACUAUCCAAAGCACUUUGUGUAAAUGCUAAACAAAAGGAAAGGAAAGACCAAUCCCUUUGGCAUCCCAUGCAAGAUUGACUUGGACAAUCUCUCAAUUUCACCACCACCUUGAUGUACUGUUAGUGGCCAGCAACAAUAUCCUAUGCAAAACAAUCACAACAUGCCAGUGGGAUUUGUUCCUGUACUCAUCUCUCUAAAAGGAAAUUCACCUAAACGUUGUCACCAACCAAAAGGCUGUGAAAUCUGUAAAUUAAUAAUUCACCUCUUUUAUUAACUGCGUAGGCUGACUAUGUAUCCAUUUUCAAUUAGUCACCUGUAGUCCUCAUCCAGUGAUGAUCCAGGAACUGCUUCUAUCACCACAAAACUUGCAGAACCUCAGAAGAUCCAGGAGCAUCUCAAAUUCAUUGCACAGGGACAAGUCAUUUGGGAGCAAACUCAUUGAAAGUUCAAUUUACCUCCUAAUAUCAGAGACUAACCAGACACAAGGAUUCCCAAGGGCACCAAAACUCUAGGAGCUGCUGAGCAGGCAGUGCUUCCUACCUAAAGCCAAACAAGUGCAAUUUGGCAUUAUGAUCAAUCUGUUCUUUUUUUAUGAAGUCCAAAGGAAGAGCUGGCAAGUAGUUUGCCACAGUGAUAGGAUUUUCCAUAUGCCUCAUUUCCAGAAAAAAAAGUAAUUGGUUAGGUUUCUUUUUAAAUAUACAAUGAAAUUUUAUUAUGGUAAUUGGAAACUUAUUAGCCUUGGGAUAACCAAUAAUUAAAUGUUUUGGGAGUUAUAGUUAGCAACAUUGGAAGAUUGCACAUAUCCUACAUUUAAUUUAGGGACUAUGUAAAUGUAUAUUAAAAAUAAUUAUUCUUUCCACCCCAAUCAAAUGAAUGAACCACUAAUUAUAAAUUUUGGUGACUCAUCAUUAAUCUUAGUUUUUUUGGUAUUUUUUUGGUGGUGCUUAUAAGUGGGAAUUAUAGUUCAGAGCAGAGAUGGCAUGCCUAGCAAUCUCAUGAAUCCCAAUGACUGUGUAGCAUUCUUUGUGAUAUCAGGAACUUUGGGGCAAUCUAGUGUGCCGGAUGCCAGAUCAUUCUAUUACAUGGGAUAAAUUAAGCAUAUGUCUUCCUUGUAAAUGGUUUCUGGUAUCUCCAGUAAAAUGAUGAAAUCCUAGAAAGCUGCAAGUCACUUUUCACAGUGUGGGGAAGAUGGACCUACAUUGAUCUGACAAUUAAUGUUCUUAUCUUGUGGGCCUGCUACAAGUACAAAUUAUCAAUCAUGACUUUUUUGUGGAUUUAGCAAUCCUAAAGUAUGUUUCCCAACAACUUGGGAUAGCCAAAUACUCUAUGGGUCAACACUAGAACACAACUAAUGUACAAUAUUACUUUUAUGGAACAGCAGCAGUGAAGAAUGCUUGAUUUAUCUGCUGAACUUUCUCUAAAUUCCUUAAAAGUUGUGGAAGUUUCAGCCAUUGUUGAUGCUCUUUUCUGCUAUGAAUUUUUCACGUUUUUAUAAAUCUCCCAGGUUAGUUCCUGUUCUUAAAAAUCCCACAGGAAGAGUUUUUUUAUGGCAUCUUCCCUUGGGAUUACCAGAGAAGUUUCAGGGACUGGAGAAAAACAUGCAUAAUGAACAAGAUAUAAGCCACACAUAUUCUUCAGCUGCCAUGUAAAAAAGAUGGCGCAAGACCUUUUAGGCUCAAAUGAACUGCAAGUAAAGUUGUUAUCCUGAGCAUCAUUUCUAAAGGGGGAAUACAAUAGUACAAUACCUUUAGAACAGAAUCCCUGCGAUGCAGCAUAUAUUUUGUGAAUAAAAUCUUAGGUAAAACUUCUGGCAUCUUGAGAUAUGUGUGACUGAAAAAAUGGCUAAGACAGCUGCUAUCAUAUAAGCAAUGGGUUACAGAUAUGACUAAUAUAAGGAAGUUGGCAUCAGGCUCUAUUUAUUUGAUUGGGUUCAAUAAGAUUACACAAGAUUAAACCAAAGUAAAGUAAUGUAAGCCUUGGUAUAACAAUUUGCAACCUGAUAAAUAAUGCAGGAUUUCCUCAGGGUAUAACUUAAGUAUCAGUCUUACCCAUAUUCAAGCCAAAAGGAGAAAGGGCAGGAUAUAAAAUUUGCCAAAAUAAAAUAAAACAUUUGUUUCGGCACAAUAUAGUAUUGUACCAAUAUAGUUAUCAGGUAAUGCAGCUGAUUUAUAACUGAAAAAUCCUAUAUGGCCCACACCUACAAUGAAAUAUCUGAAAUCCAGUACAAACCUCCAAAUCAUCUUAUUUUACUGGGCAGUUGUCUAUGUCAAUGCUGCUUGCUUUUUUGGCACAUGAUAAAAGUUAUCAGGUAAAUGUUUUAUAUUUUCCUUUCAGCCUAAUUUUUUUUUUAAAAAAAAAACAUCAUUACCUAAGCACCAAUUGUAUAUCCAUCUUUGAAAAUAAGUCAUUUCCAGGUAUGCUGUGAAGAAUUAAAAUUUAGUGAUAUCAAGUAAUUAACCCUUAAAUCAGAAGUGUAAAAUUCUCAAGUGUAGGCAUUUCAAAAUGAUUGAUCUGCUUUGUAUUACAUUAACUAGUCUUUCUUUUCUUUUUGUUGGGACAGCUCUUGACUGGCUGCCCUUGACACGUUACUUUGGCUUGAAGCUUUUUUCCUGACAGCAAAGAGCUUCCAUUAACCUUGAUUCUGAGAGGUCAAAUAGCAAUACCAAUUUAUAUGGUUCUUUGAGCUUUCAAAAACAUUUAGCCAAAAAAUGAUUGAUAAUAAUGUUGAAAGUGGCAGAAACGUAAUGGAAAAUAAAUGUGACAGAUAAAAAAAAUGAUUUGAGGACAGUCUCCAACAUUGUUAACUUUAUUUAUUUUGUUUAUGGCAUUUUUAAGCAUGUAAUAAUUUUAUUAAAUUUGAUUUCAACAAUAUGUUCUUAUAUCUUCGGGCUUGACUUUUUAAUAUUACUUUUAAAUUUCCACUGAAUGACUGGUAUGUCAUCAGUAUUUUACUUAUGUAUUUCCUGUAAUUAAGAGACCUUGAGUUCUAGCCCUACCUUAAGCAGAAGGCAAUUUAGGUGAUCUUGGACCAGUCUCUCAGUCAAGGAACACAGGCAAUGGCAAACCAUUUACAAAAAAACUGCAGGGAAUAUUCCAGGCAAUUGCCAGGAUUUGAAAACUAGGCCUAUAUAUACAAAUUCCUAUAAGGCUAUCACUCAUUUCAGACAAAAGCAGGAUCCUCCAAAUUAUUUGGAGGACUAUUAUUUAGUGGACUAAAGCACUGUUAUUAACAUCUGCUCCUUGCAAUUAUUGCAAGUUCAAAUCUCACCAGGCUCAAGGUUGACUCAGCCUUCCAUCCUUUCAAAGGUAGGUGAAACGAGGACCCAGAUUGUGGGGGCAAUAAAAUGACUUUGUGUAAAUAUACAAAAGUAUGAAGGCUAUUGUUUAACACAUUGUAAGCCGCCCCGAGUCUCUGGAGAAACACGGCAUAUAAAUUAAAGCAAAAAAAAAAAAAAAAUUACAGAAGAAACACCACACUUAGUAUCACGUUUAUAUAAUUAUUAAAGUGGUUUUUAAAAUAUGCCUAUAAGAGAAAGUCAUAGCAGAUUGUAUUACAUAAAUGACAUUUAAGUUAAGGAAGGAAAAAUUUGGCUACUAAUUGGAUGGUAGGUUAGUGUUGUAAACUAUAUUGGGAAGUGAAAAAAGCAUUGUGGAAAGGUCAGUGCCAAAGUAGGUGUAUCAGUCCCCUUUUCACUUGCCCCAUUUUAAUAGUUUGUUGCAAUGGUUAAGGUCCUGAAUUAGAAACUGGGGAACUGUGAAUUCUAAUCCUCACUUGGUCACAAACCUGGAUGGGUGAGUCAGAAACAGGACAGUCAAUGUCAGCCAACCCACCUCACAGGGUUGUUAUGUGGAGAAACUAGGAGGUAGAAGCAUUAUGUAUGUUGCCUUGAGUUGUAAAAAAAAUAUAAGUGACACAUAAAUCUAACAAUAACAUGGACAUGCUUGUGCAUUCCUUCUCCAUGGCUGGUUAUAUUUCAUAACAUACAACACAAUAUGCCUGUCAAGCCCCAGCCGGGUCUCGCCACUCACGGGACUGGAGGGAAGGCGGUUACCAGCUGUUCGAAAGGUCCACAUGAAAGGCGGCUUGUCACACGGUCUCGAGGCGUCGCAACACAGCACAGAGGACGGCGUGGAGCAGAGACCGAGGGCGCGGCGCUCUCCUAUGACAUCAGGGAAGCGCCGGCUUUUUCACCGCCGAAUUGCUGUUGGGAGGGGUUUUGCCUUUAACUGCCGGAUGGUGGUUAGAGUGGGGAAAUAUGUAUAAAUAGCGCCACACAGUGGCUGCGUGUAGCGCUGACUUUACACUUAUGAUCCGGCUUGUUCUUUUCUGCUGGCUGUGUUGCUGAAACGACCAAAAGUAAAAAGCAUUGCAAAUUGCUCUUUUGUCUGGCUGGCUGGGUGACGAGCCGAGAGAAAGUCAGCGCUACCCUCUUCUUUCUAACUUUUUGACUGACUGUUGGAGCAUGGCUGAAGGGACGGUGCCAGGAGGGUUAGAGUCGGAGCUGGCGUUUGAGGCUACCGCAGAGGAGGUGCUUGCAGAGGCGGAGGCACCGCAGGAGACCAUAGAGCAACCAGCUGUUAGACUCAAACUACACAUACCAUGUGGGGAUGACGGUCAUGGGAUGGAUGGCACGCAGGGUCAGGACCCUGGCCGCCUUGGACAGUCAACUGGUGGAGACUGGUGGCCUAGCUCUACCCUCGUAGGUCCCAAGAUGCCGACCCCUCACCCCAUGGGUCCGUCUUUCUGGGGCUGGAGGGAGCCCCGUUGGACAGACGAGGAAGAGGGGGACUGGGGUUUUGCUGCUACUGGAACCGGACCCAGUACUAUGGAUACCCUUCGGGACCGCUUUGGGGAGGGGAGUUUCCAUGAUGCCCAUGCCUGGCAGCCGUGGGCCACUGGGCUGGACACAUCACAAAGCAUGUCCGGGCAGCAGACUGGGUUGCCCAGUUCGAGUUCACGUUUUCGUAUUGCUAGUCCUAAGUUCCGGAGGGGACAGGAACCAGGUCAAGUGGGUGACCAUGGGGGAUCCUGGGACCAGAGGUCGCCUGUGGGAGAGAGCGUUGGUCAGGCCCCAGAACAGCAGCCACAGAGGACGGAGGUCGGGGCUGAAAGGAGGACACAGCGAUCAGUGAUGGAUCGACCUUGGCCAGAGAGGAGGGUACGAAGUGAGCGGAGGAGUGCUGGAGCGAGCAGAACCCCGGAUCCGGUACCAGUGUGGGGCCCCACGCUGGGGAUGUGGGGUCCCCAGCCCACCUGGGGUCCUCCUGCAUUGCAAGCCACAUUUGAUGGAAACCCAGACCGAGUGGCGUUGUUCUUGAGUCAGGUGAUAAGCUAUCUAGACCAAUAUGGGCGCUGGUACCCCUCCCAAUGGGCCGUGGUUGUGGCCAUCACAGUGGUGUUAACUGGCGAUGCUGCUGAUUGGGUGGCCAGCUUGCAUCGGAAUCACGCUAAAGAACUGGUGGAUGUAGGACAGUCUUUGGAGGCCCUUCGCUCCACUUUUGAGGACGAGUCCAGUGUGCAAGUGGCGGAAGGUGAUCUAGUUGCACUCAAACAAAGGGGUGGCCCUGCAAAGGACUAUGUAUGAAACUUCCAGAAGUUUGCCAGUCGUUUGGUGGACUGGCCAGAACGAAUGUUGGUGCAGCAAUUUCGUAUGGGGUUGGACCGGGAGCUGAAACAGGCCUGUGUGUACCGGGGUCUGGCUCUGCGGUUGGCUGUUUGGUUCAAGGCAGCAAUAGAGUUGGAUGUGGGCCUCCGAGAGUUCUGUGCCAAACCAGAAGCCACCCUUGGACAACGGCGAUCCACGGUAGAGAGGCCGCUGGAAAAACCCCCAACAGUACGGGAUCCUCCUAGGGGUUUUGUGCCACCUGGUCGGUCCCAGGACAGAGCCCAGAGGCCAAUCUUUCAUUGUUAUAGGUGUAAUCAGGUGGGUCACAGAGUGGCCGAUUGCCCCAUGCCGCCACCACGACCACAGUCCCAAAAACAAACUGCUGGAGCCCCCAUGAGAGGAUGUUCGAGACAACCAACAGAGCGAACACAGGCGCUCCAAGGCCCGAAAGUGACUGUAAACACCCAGACUCGAGACAUCAACCCAACAUCAGCAGUGGAGAGGUUUCCAGUGGUGUCAGGAGACAGUGACGAUGAGGAGCCAGAGGACACAAUGGUGAGCGAUCCUGUUUAUCCCUUUGUUAUUCCGGUGGUAUUGAGGAACCCACGUUGUCCUACUGGUCUCCAGUAUGGGGCUUUGAUCGAUACUGGGUGUACCCGGUGCCUUAUCCGUAAGGCUGUAGUGGAUGCUCUAGGUCUGAGAGUGAGAAGACUAAGAGUCCCGGUCAGGUUUGAACAAAUGGACAGCACAUUGUUGGGAGGGGCGCCUGCCACCCAUGUGACAGAGAUGAUGUCAUUGGAGAUAGGAGGUCACCAAGAAACCAUUCGUUUUAUUGUGAUUGAGACGAUGAUCGAACUGCUCAUAUUGGAGCUGACAUGGUUAGACAAAUGGCAGCCUAACAUUUGGUGGGAGUGGGUUUUUCGGAAGCUCAGAAUACCACUCGAUUCGGAAUCGACCACCCCGAGCCCUAUCCCAUCUACGCCCCUGGUAGCAGAGAACAAGAACAGUAGCAGUGUCUCAACAGAGUCUUCAAAUACUAAAGGAUUUCCUAGUGUGUACGAGGACCUGGCAGCCGUGUUUAGCGAGGAGGAGUGCAAGGUAUUGCCUCCCCAUCGGUCCACCGACUGUGCGACCGAGCUUGUACCUGGAGCCAAAUUGCCAAAACCGCGAAUAUAUGCCAUGACACAACCGGAAUUAGCUGAGUUGAGACGGUACAUAGAUAAGAACUUGGCCAGAGGUUUCAUCACCCCCAGUAGGUCCCGUAUGGCAGCCCCUGUUCUCUUCCGGGAGAAGAAGGACGGCGGGUUGCGUCUCUGUGUUGACUUCCGGGGUUUGAACGGGGUGUGUGUGGAACAUUUGUAUCCUCUCCCUUUGAUGAAAGAUCUUCUAUCCACAUUAUCAACUGGUCGCAUCUUUACAAAGCUCGAUUUACGAGAACCUUAUUAUCGUGUUUGCAUUAAACCGGGGGAUGAAUGGAAGACCACUUUCCACUGUCCUCUGGGUAGUUAUCAGUUCCGGGUUAUGCCAUUCGGCCUCCAGGGUGCGCCAGCUGUGUUCAUGCAGCUGAUUAAUGAGGUGCUGCAUGACCAUUUAUACAGAGGGGUUUGGUGUACCUGGAUGAUAUCCUAAUCUAUACCCGCGACAUGGAAGAACAUUCUUUGGUACGCAAGGUCUUGAAAAAACUACUGGCUGCUAAAUUGUUCGUAAAACUCUCUAAGUGUGAGUUUCACAAAACAAAAAUCGACUACUUAGGAUAUAGGAUAUCAGGCGAUGGUGUAGAAAUGGAUCCGCAAAAAAUACAAGUGAUAGUGGAUUGGCAAAGCCCUAAGAUGAGAAAACAAUUCCAAAGCUUCCUCAGGUUUGCAAAUUUUUAUUGUCAGUUUAUCCCCGCCUUUGCCAGUAUUGCUCUACCAUUGACAAACCUUUUACGGACUAAACCAGCCACGGCAAAACCAAGGCCGGGUCAAGUGUUGAACUGGACCACGGAGUGUCAAGUCAUUUUCAACCAAUUGAAACACCUGUUUACAAGGGAACCGAUUCUUAAGCAUCCCGAUCCUGCAUGGGAGUACAUCGUUCAGGUGGAUGCUAGCGAUGUUGCUGUGGGGGCGGUGCUACUGCAAAAGGAUGAACAGGGUUGUGUACAACCAUGUGCUAUACCUCCCGCAAAUUGAGUCCCACGGAGAGGAGGUGGGCAAUUUGGGAGAAAGAGGCAUUUGCUGUCCGAUGGGUGCUGAUGAUGUGGCGUCAUUUCCUCAAAGGGACAACUCUCCCGUUCGAGGUGUGGACGGAUCAUAAAAAUCUAGAGGACUUGCAAACACCAAGACGAUUAUCCCCAAAACAGCUAAGAUGGGCACUAUACUUCCGUCGGUUUUCAUUCCGACUGAAAUACGUCCUGGCAGGAAGGAACUUCCCGUGUGCCACAAUACAAUAUUAGGCGAGAAGAUGUAGUAGAGGUUCCUAUACCGCCUGGUUGCUCGGUUCAGACUCUAUCAGUAGCAAUUCGAUCAGAACCAUCUUUGCUAACUGAGCUGAAAACAGCCGUCCAACAAGAUUCAUGGUUAGCACAGAAUCAGGUCUUGAUAACCAUGCGGGACGGCUUAGGGUGGAAUGGAGACCGGUUAUAUGUUCUGGAAAGUCUUCAGGAGACUGUUCUUCGUCAAUGUCACGAUUCCAAACAAGCAGGACAUUUCGGGUUUUUAAAAACGCUUCACUUAAUCAGACGGCAAUUUUGGUGGCCACGGAUGCGAGGUGACAUCGACCAAUAUGUAAAAGGAUGUCCCAUAUGUGCAGCAGCCAAACCAUGGUCUGGAAAACCGAUUGGGUUAUUACAACCAGUGGCUGACCCCAGCCGACCAUGGGAGGAGGUUGCUAUGGAUUUCAUAGUAGACCUCCCUACCAGCAACGGUUACACUGUCAUAUGGACAGUAGUGGACUUAUUUUCAAAGCAAGCCCAUUUUGUACCUUGUCGUGGUUUGCCCUCUGCCCGACGGUUGACAGAGCUGUUCAUUCAUCACGUAUAUCGGUUGCACGGGGUCCCCAAACAAAUUAUAUCGGAUCGGGGUGUUCAGUUCACUGCAAAGUUUUGGAAGUCUUUCAUACACAGGAUAGGAUCCACCCAGGGGUUGAGUUCAGCAUUUCACCCUAGCACCAACGGAGCUGUGGAACGUGCUAACGCCGCUGUAGAACGCUAUCUCCGUUGCUAUGUGUCAUACCAACAAACCGAUUGGUCCAAUCUUAUCCCUUUCGCAGAGGUUACAUACAACAACAUCACCCACCGUAGUACAGGGCUUUCCCCCUUCCAGAUAGUCUAUGGUAGAGAGUUCCCAGCCAUACCAGAGGUAGAACCUCCCUCGACGAAUAUAGAUACGCCAUCUGGAUGGGCAGACAAGAUCCACUGAAUCUGGCCAGGUGUUAAGUCCACUUUACAAAAAGCGGCGGAGAAAUAUAAGGCGUAUGUGGACAAGAAAAGAGCAGACCCAAAACCAUUUGCAGUGGGGGACCAAGUUUAUCUAUCGACCAAAUAUUUAAAGUUACAAAUCCCAAGCAGGAAACUAGGUCCAAAAUAUAUCGGCCCAUUUCCUAUAAUGCGCGUUAUCAACCCUGUUACUGUAGUACUUAAAUUACCCUCACUACUAGGUAAGAUACACCCGGUCUUCCAUAGUAGCUUAUUAAAACCCGUUACUGUGGAUAGGAAUACUAGUUCAGCCAGACCACCAGGACCGGUCCAUACAGAUCAAUAUGAACUAGAUAAGGUCUUAGAUUCCAAACUCCAUAGGGGCCGACUACACUACCUGGUGUGCUGGAAAAGUUAUCCUUUAGCACAGGCCUCCUGGGUGGCAGCACCUGAUGUUCAUGCCACCCGUUUAAUUAACCGAUUUCACCACAAGUAUCCAGAUAGGCCAGGACCAUCAGGAAUGGUAUCCGCUGUGACUAAUAUGUCUGUUUUGCCUUCCUCAGGUGGACUCCUGGUAGAGGGGGAGCCGCCUGUCGAGCCCCAGCCGGGUCUCGCCACUCACGGGACUGGAGGGGAGGAGGUUACUAGCUAUUCGAAAGGUCUACAUGAAAAGCGGCUUGUCACACGGUCUCGGGGCGUUGCAACACAGCACAGAGGACGGCGUGGAGCAGAGACCGAGAGCGCGGCGCUCUCCUAUGACAUCAGGGAAGCGCCGGCUUUUUCACCGCCGAACUGCUGUUGGGAGGGGUUUUGCCUUUAACUGCCGGAUGGUGGUUAGAGUGGGGAAAUAUGUAUAAAUAGCGCCACACAGUGGCUGCGUGUAGCGCUGACUUUACACUUAUGAUCCGGCUUGUUCUUUUCUGCUGGCUGUGUUGCUGAAACGACCAAAAGUAAAAAGCAUUGCAAAUCG